AUGGAAAUCGCCGGCAACGUUGUUCCUCCUCACCAGAAGCUGCAGCAGCUGGAACGCCUUGGCGGCGUCGACGUUGUUGGUGGUGGGAACCGUCCUGCCCAGGACGGGAAGCUGUUCAAGUCGAAGUUCUGGGGCGCUGGGAGGUUGGCCAUGGCGCUUUUGGCCUCGUUCGCAAAGGCGUCUCCGACGGGGGACGAGCGAGAGGUGGCAUGCUUGAAAUUUUGGAAGCCGAGCCGGUUCAGUGUAGAUUUGGUGUCGGAAUUGGCGUUGCCGCUGCGGCCGCCGAUGGAGGAUCCCGGCCGGAUCCAGUUCAUCGGGCUGCGGGCAUCGAAGCGGGUAGACGACUUUUCAGGACCGGGGACGGGCCACGUCUGGGAUGCCGCCCGCGCCGUCGUUUGCGAGGUGGAUUUGUUGGUGGGUGCUGCCGAGUUGGACGUUGCGGCGGUAGAGGAUUGCUGGCGAACGAUUGACGAUGCCGCCGGCGUGGUCCUCCUCAUGGCGAGGAGAGCCGCUGUCACUCGCGUCGAGGACGUCGCUGUGCGCAGGGCGCUUUGGACGGCGUGUCGUGCCUCCAUUUUCUGCUUUGGAUUGCAAGAUCAGAACUGA